GGGGAGAUGAUUGUGCAGGAGACAAAAGCUAAUCUCACCACGUGGAAUCCUCUCAAGGACCUGAUCAUCAGAGUGUGUGUGCUGAACUCUGCAGGAUGUGGUCCCUGGAGUGAACUCUUCCUGCUGGAAGCCCAGGAGGUCAUGGGUGGCCAGAGACAACCUCCUUAUGGCACAUCCUGGGUUCCUGUGGCAUUGGGCAUUCUCACAGCUCUGGUCACAGCUGUUGCCCUGGCUCUUAUUCUCCUUCGAAAGAGAAGAAAGGAAACUCGCUUUGGCCAUGCCUUUGGCAGCGUGGUUGGCAGAGUGGAUCCAGCAGUCCAUUUCAGAGCUGCCAGGUCUUUCAACAGGGAGGGCCCAGAGCUCAUUGAAGCGACAUUGGAGAGCAUAGGGAUCAGUGAUGAGCUGAAGACAAAACUCAAAGAUGUCCUAAUCCAGGAGCAGCAGUUCACCUUGGGAAGAAUGUUGGGCAAGGGGGAGUUUGGGUCAGUUCGAGAGGCACUACUAAAGCUAGAUGAUGGCUCUUUCCAGAAAGUGGCAGUGAAGAUGCUGAAAGCGGACAUCUUUACCUCCACCGACAUCGAGGAGUUCCUGCGGGAGGCUGCGUGCAUGAAGGAGUUUGACCACCCCCAUGUCACUAAACUGAUUGGGGUCAGUCUACGGAGCCGUCCCAAGGGCCGUCUCCCAAUUCCCAUGGUGAUCCUGCCCUUCAUGAAGCAUGGAGACCUUCAUGCUUUUCUGCUGAUGUCACGGAUUGGGGAAAACCCUUUUAACCUGCCUGUUCAGACACUCCUCAAAUUCAUGAUUGACAUUGCCAGCGGGAUGGAGUACUUGAGCUCAAAAAAUUUCAUACACAGGGACCUUGCAGCUCGGAACUGCAUGUUGGAUGAGAACAUGAACGUGAGCGUUGCAGACUUUGGGCUUUCUAAGAAAAUCUACAGUGGAGACUACUACCGACAGGGCUGUGCCUCCAAGCUGCCGGUGAAGUGGCUUGCUCUGGAAAGCCUGGCAGAUAAUCUCUACACGACACACAGUGAUGUGUGGGCGUUUGGGGUGACCAUGUGGGAGAUUGUGACCCGAGGGCAGACCCCUUAUGCUGGCAUUGAGAAUGCAGAAAUCUACAACUACCUCAUCAGCGGGAACAGGCUGAAGCAGCCGCCGGAGUGCCUGGAAGACGUCUACGAUCUCAUGUGCAGAUGUUGGCAUCCUGAGCCCAAGCUACGCCCCAGCUUUGGCGUGCUCCGGUCCCAGCUGGAAAUGAUCCGCGGGAGGAUGUCCACCCUCUCUUCCAGCCAAGAUCCUCUCUAUGUCAACAUUGGGAGGGACAAAGAGGCGUCUGGGAGUGACCCUUCACUGCACGCCCCCUUCGGAAACACGGACGGUGAGCCCGCCGCCGUCACAAGUGACUAUCGCUACAUCAUGAGCCCCUUGUGCCUUGGAGAUGAUGCCGAGGGUGAAAGGCAUCCAGAUGGGCAGGAAGGGGAGGACAAAAGCCUUCUGUAUGAGCUGGAGACAGAAGGAGAGAAGAGCUGUUAGCCUGUACAUAGCGGUGGCGUUCUGCUUCCCCGGGACGGGACGUGUGCAGCCGCGGUGCCCUGUCGCCUGGGGCUCGGUGCCGGACCUGCCGUGGCUUUGGACAGCACUGGCCACGGUUCUUGGGCAGCUGUUGGAGCUUUCA